AUGAAAAAUUGUAUUAUUAUUAUUAGUCUUUUAUUUAUUUCUUCAUUUGAAUUUUCAAUAUCAUACCGAAAACGUAACCAUCAUUUCGACGAACGACUCGAACAACUGUUAGAUAUUUUGAAAUUACAUUUUACCGAAGACUUUGACGAAACAAUUACAUUCGACGCAAAUAAUGAUAAUAAUCCAGAUUCGGUCAAUACAGAACCACAAGUGGAUCCUAAUGAUCGGGUAAAUGUUGAAUUAUGGAAUAGAUUAAAUGCAGAAGAUGAAAAAAGAAUGCCAACAAUUAUUGAUUAUUCAGAUGAAGUGACUGCGACAGCAUGGCUAAAAUGGUAUCUUCGUAUAGCACAACGCCAUCAUCAAGUAAGUGCACAUCUCCAUUGGAAUUAUGAGACAAAUAUCACUAAAGAAAAUCAAAAAUUAAUGACUGCUCAAAGUCUCCUUCAGUCGCCAUUUAGCCAUAAAGUAUUACCAAUAGCAAAAAAAUUUAAUGAAAAUUUAAAAGAAUCCGAAAAUGACGAUUUAAAACGUAUAUUCGGUCGUUUAGCAACAGGUGUAGUCAGUGAUAAUAUGGUUGAGUUGAAACAAGCGUCUAGAUUACAUGCACAACUAGAAAAUAUUUAUGCAGUCGCAAAAGUUUGCGAAUCAAGUGAUCCUGAAAAAUGUUAUGCACUUUCGCCGUAUUUAGAACGGGUUAUGCAAGUUGAAAAAGAUUAUGAUCGUUUAACAUGGGCAUGGAAAGGUUGGCACGAUGAAUGUGGAAAUAAAGUUCGUCCAGUUUAUUUAUCUUAUAUUGAUCUAUUGAAUAAAAAUAUCAAAGAAAAUGGAUAUACUGAUCUAUCUGAAUAUUGGAUUAAAGAUUAUGAGAUGGGUGGCGUUGUAGAAUUCGAAGGUACUAUUGAUCAACUCUUAAAGGACAUUAUGCCAUUGUAUGAACAAUUGCACGCGUAUGUUCGAGGUCGUUUAUGUUCAAUGUAUUCAAAUCGUUUUAGUUGUAAUGGACCUAUUCCAGCACAUAUUCUCGGCAAUAUGUGGGCUCAAACAUGGCAUGAUCGUUUUGAUGAUUUGAUGCCUUAUCCGGAUGCGCCUCUAGUUAAUAUAACGGAAGUAUUACUUGAGAAAAAGUUUACGACUCAUCAGAUGUACACAACAUCCGAAUCAUUUUUUACGUCGAUUGGUCUUUAUCCAAUGACACCGAAAUUUUGGGCUCGUAGUUUAUUUACAAAACCAACUGACCGUGAUGUUGUUUGUCAUCCAGCUGCGUCCGAUAUGGGAUAUCAUGAUGAUUAUCGUGUUAAAAUUUGUACUGAAAUAGACGAUGAUUAUUUCUAUACUAUUCAUCAUGAAAUGGGCCAUGUAGAAUAUUAUAUGGCUUACGGUGAAAAACAAUCAUUUGCUUAUCGAGAUGGUGCUAAUUCGGGUUUUCAUGAAGCCAUUGGAGAUACAAUUGGAAUGUAUGCAAUUUCGCCGUCUCAUUUAAUAAAAUUGGGUUUUCUUGAUGAAGAAGCUGUGAAUCAACAUUACGAAAUCAAUUAUCUAUUUCGUCUAGCAUUGCAAAAAGUUGCUUUUCUGCCAUUUGGCUACAUAAUGGAUAAAUAUCGAUUUUUACUUUUCCGUGGUAAAAUCGAUCGUGAACAUGAAUUAAAUUCUCGGUGGUGGGCUUUACGUGUCUACUAUGGCGGUGUCAUGGCAGCUGUAGAUCGAAGUGAUGAAGUAAAUUUUGACGCAGGUGCAAAAUAUCAUAUCCCAUCGAAUGUUCCUUAUUUACGAUACUUUAUUGCUCAUAUUCUUCAAUUUCAAUUCUAUCGUGCCAUGUGCCGACUGCAAGGAGUUACGGAACGAUUACACAUGUGCGAUAUAUAUGGUAAUAAAUUUGUCGGAGCCAAAUUUAAAGAAAUGUUAGCUAUGGGAAGUUCAAAAUCAUGGCAAGACAUUCUAAAAGUUUUAACAGGCGAAGAUAGAUUAGAAUCAAAAGCUAUAUUGGACUUUUUCAGUCCAUUGCAUACAUGGUUAAAAGCUGAAAAUUUAGCAAGAGGCUAUCCGGUUGGUUGGAUGUAA